CCAACACAAUCUGUAAAUCAUCUUUCCAUGUUUCUCUGUUACCAUCCUUUUCGUUCCCUUCUAAAAAAGCACCUUCAAGGCUUCAACUAAUCCCUUUUCCAAAAUAAAUAAUCUACUCUCCUCAACAUAAAAAUAGGACAAUUUUCUUUUAUUAUUUUUCUUCAAAAUAUGGGAAACGAAGCAUCUCUUAGAUCGUCAAUGGUAGGCCUUGCAGUGGUGAUGGUAUUUGUAUGGUUAUGGACACAAUCUUUCAAGAAGACGGUCGUUACUUACGCCGUCGGUGUUUCUCUGAUCGGCGGCAUAGUUUUGCCGGAUUGGGACUUCUUUGAUCGGAAUUUCUCCCGGUGGAGCUACCCUGUCACGGCGGAGGAAAGAGCCGCCGCUCUCUCCCGCAAAUCUCAACCUUCGAGCUGGUUUAGAGUGUACCCUAUGAGGAUGGUUGUAUACGGUGCGGUCUACGGAUAUGCAGUGUAUAGGUGGUGGAUGUUCGUGUCAAAUUGAAGCCCUUUUGUAUUAAUCGUAAACCUUUCUGUAUGUUUGAGUGUUGAUUAACAAAUUAUGUUAACUUUUUCUCGAUCUUUCAUAUGUAAUUCAUUUUGAUUCUCGAAUAAUUUGGAAGACACACUUAAAAACAAAAGAAAAAAUCAUGAAAGA